UAUCACCGGUUUUUGCAAGCGUUUCGUUGACAUUGAUUUUAUCCCGGAAGUAAUAUUUUAUUAAGAAAAAAAAAUGGAUUUAAGUUCAUUUUCUUUAGGAAAUGCAGAUAUGUUGCAGACGAUUGCAACUCUUCAAUGGAUCCAAAAUGGCGAUUCUGGAAUGUUAGAAAAACUGUCUUCAUUCAGAGUUGGAUAUGAGAUUUACCAGCGGAUGAGUGGGGAGAGGGAAGUUGAUGCUCUGAGGACUCAGACGAUAGCAGGAAUUGCUAAAUAUGUCAAGGACCAUCCCAAUGCUAAAAAAGAAGAGCUCCAGAAAGAAAUAGCAAAACAUAUAUUUGCUUUUGCCCACAAAGUCGAGAAUUUGUAGAGAACAUGUCUAGAUCUGCCAGUUGUUACAUCUCAUAUUAUCUUAAAAAAACAAUUUGAAUAUGUGGAUUGCAAAUGAUUGUUUUCAUGGACUGAGAUGUGUUAUUAAAGAAAAAUACACACAUUGUGACACAAAACUGAAAAGAUAUUAUGUACCAAAUGAAAUUAAUACAUAUUGUCUAUCCAAUAAGUCAGUGCAAUAUUGAAUUUUAGAAACAGGUUGUAGCCUUUUAAAGUUUAUUGUACUUUACAACUUCCAUUUCAUUCUAUAUGUCAAGAAAGAGUGUGUACAUUAUAUUUAUGUGAUAAUUUAGUUCUUCCUCAAACUUAACACUUUUGAUAUUUUUUUUCAUAAAAUCUUAAGGCAAUAUCAGAAAAAAAGUUUAAAUAUAUUUCUGAUUUUUCAGUAGGUUGUCAUUUAGUGAUGUGAGUUCAGACUUAUGUACCUACUUUGUCAGAAAUUUACGAACAUCUUUCUUCCAGUUUAAGUAAUUUCAUAUGAUUCCAUAUUUUACAAUAAAAGACAUUUUCUGCUAAUUAUAGACAGUCCAAUAUAGUUCUUAAUAGCUGUAAAGUUUUACAAGAUUAUUCUUAUGCCUUGUAGUUUUGAAGAGUUGAUCUAAAAAAUAUUUUUUACAUGUUGUUGAUUUAAUCUCUAUAUUUAAUACAUAUUGUAUGUAAUCAUAGUUUAAUGUUUGUACAUACUGGCAUGAAGCCAGUUUCUUUGUUAUUUUACAGCAUUAUAUGUAUAUAUAUUUUUACUAUUGAAUUUGUAUCUAUCUGUAGGCUUAAUUAAUUGAUACAUUGUACUUUAAUUAUAUGCUCAAAGUCAUAAAGCAUUGUGAACAGACUUGUUUACCUAAGUCUGCAAUUCUGGCCUACUACUUCUUUUAUAUCGUUCACUAAAUAUUUUUCUGUUUCAGAAUUGAAUAUGUAAGCCAAUUACACCAUAAUGAUUUUUUAAAUGAAAAUAUUAAAAAUAGUUUUUUUUGUGUAAUAGUAAAUUUACUAUAAAAAUGUUGAAAAUGACAGGACUACACUGUACUGUAUAAUUUUGAGAUUAAUACAUUUUUUGUUGUAUAUUUCAGAUCUGUGUACUCUUAGAUUAUUUCAAGAAUACCUCUUGUUUUUAUUUUUGUUUGUUAUAUUCUUAAUAUGCAAAGAAUAUUUAUAAAGCAUGUUACUUUAUAAAGCAAAAACUUUAAUUUUGUUAAUAGAACAUAACAAAGGGAGACCUUGAACAAUGUAUAAAGAUGGGCUCCAUGGCCAAGUGAUAAAGGUCCCGGACUUUAAACCACUGGGCUCUCACAUCUGUGAGUUUGAAUCUCAUAAAGCUACCCAGAUAGCUUACAGGAAUUUGAUGGAUCUACUCAUGUAACCAAAGGUCUUCCGCCACCAUGAAAAUUGGAAAAUCAUCUUAUGACCUUGACAAUAUUGGUGUGACUAAACCAAAAAAUAAAAAUAAUUGUAAAAUUUUCUGUCUUGCAUUUAAUGUAAAGAUUUAUUAAACACUAAAUCAGCUCAAUUUGACAAUUGUAGUAGGUUAUUUUUUAUAGAAAUACCCGAUAGUUUUGAAGCAGCUCACUCUUGUACUUCCAAAUGUUGUGUGCUUUAAUAAUCUACUUUUUUAUUGUAUUUUAUAUCCCAUGUGUAUGCAUUUCUCAAGUAGUUUUUAUCUAUUUUUAUUUAUGAUUUUGUAAAUUCUGGUAAUGUGUUCAUUGUAUUUGAAAUAAUAAACUUUUCAGUAUUUA